AUGCAAAGAUCAGUUAGUUGCAGAGAGCUUAUGAGUAGAAUCGAAGCGAAAACGGGCAGUGUAAAGAUUUGGAAUCAAUUUCCACACGGCUCAAUAAAUAGAUUGAUGGCACACCAACGACCACCUGGUGGACUCGCUCGAGGAAAGAUAGAUGAUUUUCGAACCGUGGGAGAAGGGAUGCUUCUUAAAGCAGAGCCGGGGAAUGAGAUUAGAAUGAAAGAGAAGAACCCAUUUGACUCUGGGCGAAGUUUUGAAUACAAAAGAGAAGAGCAAGGAUUGUAA